UUCCUCCUAAGAAAACAGCAAGGGAAAAUCAAAUUUUAAACAGCAAGUGUUAUAGUGACAUGUUUAAGUUCGGAGAUUUCUGCCAAACGCGUUCCAAUUAUAUGAAAACUGGCAGGAUGAAAAGCACGGAAUGAAAAACUGGCUGCCGCUUUUUAUCACCGACUUAACAACGUUUUUAAUGAGGUAUGAGACAGAGGAAGUUGCCAAAAAUCACCUGAAUCAGUAUAGGAUUGGAAAAGCCUACCAAUACUUCCAGAGUGAAUGGUUUAAAGAAGUAUUUUACCACCCUGUUGACAGGACCACCCCAUACGGCUUCCUCCGUGCGGAAUGCACCCCCUCACAGAGUCUGCGUUCAGGGCCACACGAAGUGUGGGUAUGCAUUGUCAAAGACUCGGGAGAAGUAAAGUCUGCCUUCUGCAGGUGUACAGCAGGGUACGGUCAAACUUGUAAUCAUGUCGCUGGUUUACUUUUUCGGGUGGAAUAUGCUAACAAGAUGGGGUACACAUCUUGUACAUCCAACAAAUGUGAAUGGGUUGUGCCAAAAGAGCGACCGCUAGAGUCGGCUAUGCUUCAAGACAUGGCAGUUAAGAGAUCUAAGCAUGGAAAAACUGGUAUGAUAUAUGUGGUCGUCAACUCAAAAUUACAUAUUAAAUUCUGUGAACAAAUCAAAGAUGCAAGAAUCAUUACCUAG